AUGCCUGUCCGCCACGAAGCCAAGUUCAUCAUCACGGACCCGAGGAGCAUGGACACGGUCACGGGCAUGGGCGCGCAACACCCAAGAUCGGGCAAAGAUGAUGCCCGUUUGGACGACGACUCGGAGGAUGACGGGAACGGGGGCGACGAUUCUGCCGACGAGGACUUCCAAUUCAGGAAUGCGAUGGCCGCAUCUUCAGCGUCCGCUGGUCGCGGCAGGAAGGCUCCUGCGACUGGACGUGGAGGGAAGAAAGUGACGGUUGCGAGGAAGAAGUCUUCUGUCGCCCUGCGCGUGGAUACCAGCGCGAACGUCAGCGCGAGUGCCAAGGCACCAGUGCAUCUGUCAGUACCGAAGCGCCUUCUUCCUCCUUCGCUCUUCCCUCGGCUUCCGGAGCGGAAGUGGAGGAGCUUUGCCCGGAGAGAAGGCCGAGUGCAGCAAUUGCGGUGCGACCCGGACGCCUUUGUGGAGAAGGGAUUGAACGAUGAAUUGAAUUGCAACGCUUGCGGUCUGUAUUGCAAACUGCACAAGCGACCUCGACCCAAGACGAUGCGUAGUGUGGGCACAAGCGAAGGCCGCGGUCAAUCGGCCCGUUCAGAGGUCGUCGAUGUUGUUGCACAAUGCUAUAACUGCCAUACCACGGCGACCCCUCUCUGGCGCAAGGACGAUGAAGGCAAGACUGUAUGCAACGCUUGCGGGCUCUAUUACAAGCUGCACGGCGCUCUAGGCAUGAUGCCAGGAGGGGGAAGCAUGUCAAAUGGACUGGCAGGAGAGGGAAGUCGAAUCACACCCCCUGGCGAGACCAGCAACUCGAGUGGCAGAGCUUCCCCAACCUUGGCACCGGACAGCUCGACCACACCGGGCACGACCAAAUACGAAUCUGUCUCUCCGGAACUGCCGCGGCGGGCGACUUAUCGCGGGGCGCUUCCUUUCCAAUAUCAUCAUGACGCAUUCGCCGAUGCGCUUCCUUUCGCCAGUGUCGACGUUUCUGCUGAUCUCACCCUUGCCCGGGCCAACAAGAGGCGGCGGAUGAGUAUCGAUUCGGCUUCAGAGCCGCCUUCGUCCGCGUUCUCGGGCACUCGUUUGGCGGGGACGGAUAUACCAGCGCCUCGAGCCAGUUCUCGAUGGAAUUCCCGUUCGCCCAAUACCCGAAUGUUUAUUCCGAGUCGUCCGCAUCCAAUAAUAACACAACAACGGCGGACCGUUCUGGCACCCGCCCAUGGUUCUCAGCCACCAGGAUUCGAUCGGGGGUGCCGGGUCGCCGAGGCUGCAUGCAACGCGGGAUACGCACCAUCUCCACCCGCCGAUGCUGCUCCCGACUCCCGAGUUGGAGGAGGAUACGAUGGACUGGCUGCAUCCCCCGAUGCUUCCGCCGUCCUUCUCGGACUCUGA